UAAAGUCAAUCAUAAUUUUCUUGAAAAUUGCCUUGUUAACAUUUUUAACCGCUAGAUUUUUUUAAUUCAUACAAUCGGCUUAUCCAAACACAAAGUAACAAGUUUACAUUUUACGAAAUUAUGAAAAUCUAAUUAUGUUCGUUGUUUGUUUGGUUGGCACUUCCUAACUCUGACUUUGCUUCACCUAACCUACAAAAUCCACGUGUGUUGUGUUUACUGAUUUGAAUUUACGCAUACAGACAAAAGAUGCCUAAAGGGAGCAAAAUAUUCUUACCCUGUCGCAGCCUGGGAUAUAUAAGCAACCACAUACCGCUUCAGGUCCGUUACAUAAAGAGUCGCAAAGAAAAUUUAAUAGUAACAUGUGUGGGAAAAUCUUUUCAUACAUACGGAAUAACUCACUUUAGCCUAUUAAGUGUUGGUGGUUUACAUCCCGAAGACAUAACUGCAAUGACUGCUGACGCUUUCCAUGUAUAUACAGCGUGCAACAAUGAAAUUUAUGCAUGGAGAAGAGGCACUGAGUUGAAACAUGUAUAUAGAGGCCACAAGAAACCAGUUCAGUUAAUGAUGCCUUUUGGGGUUCACUUGAUUUCAGUUGAUGAAAGCAGUAGUGUUAAAGUAUGGGAUAUUAAAGAUGAAAGUGUUUUUCUUGAACUCACAUUUAGUAACAAGACAUUUCAUAUUACCACAAUUUGCCAUCCCAGUACUUACAUUAAUAAGAUUUUGUUGGGAAGUGAACAGGGAGAAAUGCAGUUAUGGAAUGUAAAUAAUUUGAAGAUGAUUUAUUCAUUUAAGAGAUGGAAAAGCCCUAUUACUUGCUUAGAACAAGCGCCAGCAAUUGAUGUUGUUGCAGUUGGUCUAGCUUCCGGUAAAAUCGUAUUACACAAUUUAAAAUACGAUGAAACAAUAAUGGAAUUUAUGCAAGACUGGGGUGUCGUCACUUCGAUAUCAUUUAGAACCGAUGGUAGUCCAAUAAUGGCAACAGGAAGUGUGAUUGGCCAUAUAGUAUUUUGGGAUUUGGAAGAAAGACGCGUCGCGUGUCAAUUACUUUCCGCUCAUAACGGCAGCGUCACAGGGAUGGUUUGUCUUCCAAACGAACCAUUAAUCCUAACUUCAUCUCCAGACAAUACUUUAAAGUUAUGGAUUUUUGACAUGUCAGAUGGUGGUGCUAGACUCCUAAGAAUAAGAGAAGGCCAUUCAUCACCACCCUCGUAUAUCCGAUUUCAUGGUGCUAAUGGACACAACAUUUUAAGUUCCGCUGGAGAUUCAACACUCAGAAUAUUUAAUACACAAACGGAACAAUUCAACAAAAGUUUAGGAAAAGCCUCUUACAAUAGGAAAGCGUCAAAGAAGCGCGGGAGAACUGCAGAAGAUCCCUUAGUAAUGCCACCAAUCAUCCAAUUUACUUCCGAAAUUACCAGAGAGAAAGAAUGGGACAAUAUCGCCGCUGUACACUUGGGAAUACCCAUGGUCACCACUUGGUCCUACGAUAAAGUGAAGAUGGGAGAAUUAAAGCUGCUUCCAGAGAGGUUUCACAAGAAAAAAUUGGUUUCUAGUGGGUUUCAAGACGUUGCUGCGACAAGUUUGUGCUUGACGCAUUGUGGAAAUUUUGUUCUUAUUGGGUACAGCACCGGACAUAUUGACAGGUUUAACAUGCAGUCGGGCAUUUGGCGCGAUAAUUACGGUACCCCAAAAGCACACGAUUCAUCUGUCAGAGGAAUAGCAACCGAUCCUUUAAAUCAAGUGACAAUAAGUGGUAGCAGUGAUUGUAAAAUAAAAUUUUGGAAGUUUAAAAACAAAGGAGCCAAUCCAUUGACUGUCUUAGCAUUAGAAGAACCGAUCAGUUUCUUUCGAUCGCAUUCAGAAAGCUCAAUGUUGGCAGUUGCCCUUGAAGACUUUGAUGUUUACAUAGUAGAUAUUGAUACAAGACGAAUUGUACGAAAAUUCGUGGGACACACGGCUCAAAUAACCGACGCAACGUUUAGCCCUGAUUCCCGUUGGUUGGUGACAUCAUCAAUGGAUUGUUCCAUACGCACUUGGGACAUACCUUCGUGUCAUUUAGUGGACGAAUUUAGUACAGAGGUCGCAUGCGUUUCGUUGGAUAUUUCGCCAACCGGAGAAGUUCUGGCUACGGCCCAUGUCGACUAUUUAGGGAUUUUCCUGUGGACAAAUCGAACUAUGUACUCAAAAAUAUCUCUGAAAGCUUUGACACCAAGCGUUGAGCCGCCAUUGGUGGCUUUCCCUGAGUGUCUCAGAGAGCACCACGAAGAGGAAAGUGACGUAGAAGAAUCUGAUGAACUAGAAUUUAUAUCGCCUGAACAAAUUAGCAACGAUUUGGUAACUUUAUCGGGAUUUGCCGCAUCAAGGUGGCAGAAUUUGUUGAAUUUGGAUGUAAUCAAGAAGAGGAAUAAGCCCAAAUCCCCACCUAAGGCACCUAAAGCAGCACCGUUUUUCUUACCGACAGUUUCAUCAUUGAAUUUCCAAUUCGAUUUGUCAAAGCUUGAGUCUGAAAGCAGUAGUAAAAUAUUGACGCCAGCGACUUUAUUGAAUUUAACCGAAUUUGGGAAAUUAUUGGAUAAAACGCGACAAGACGACGAUUUCAGUCACGUUAUUGAAAAGUUAAAGUCAUUUGGUCCGUCUAUGAUUGAUUUUGAAAUAAAGUCUUUGGCUCCUGAAGGUGGAGGCUCAAUUGAAGUCAUGUUACAGUUUCUGAAGAGUAUUGAAUUUAUAUUGAAAUCCAACAAAGACUUUGAAUUAGCGGAAGCGUACCUUGGUGUCUUUUUAAAAUCACAUGGAACAGUUAUUGCAACUGAAGAGACGUUGAGGAAUUAUUUAACCAAUAUUCAAAGUUGUCACAAUGUUGUAUGGAAUAGAUUGCAAGAUAAAUUGUUAUAUAAUAUUUGUGUUGUUCAGAACUUAAAAUUGAUGUAAAUAAAAAUAAGAAAAUUA